AUGGCCUUCGACUCCGACUCUAGCGUGCUCAACAACAUGGACCACUACUUCCUGGCGCCUUUGGCGCCCGUCGCCGUUCCCCGUGCGUACUGGUUGGACGGCGACGACACAUCCGUCAAGGCUCAGAUCCUCGGGUCGCACGUCAUGCUGAUCGAGCCGAACGAGGGCAAUUACCGGCGUAUUCUCGACGAGGCGCUGGCGUCCGGCGAUUUCGACAUGGAAGUCUUGAAUCAUCUCUUCAGUGACUCGGCCAUGAUCCUGCCUCACCGCCGGCUCGCCUUGCUCACGGGUGAGUUCCGCGCCGCCGAUCAUCAGAGAUACAUGUCCGAGGACAAGGACCAGACAUGGAAUGCGCACGCGGAACUCUCGCGCGCCUACCUGGUGCACUUUAGCGACUGGCCGCUGCCGAAGCCGUGGAAACCGCGCAGCGAGGAGCAAUGGCAGUCGCUGAUGCCGCCGUGCCCCGAGGACGACGUCGAGACGACGGACAAGCCUCGAUGCGCCGACCGCCUCUCGUGGACCAGUCUGUAUGAGGAUUAUGACUAUGACAAGACGCACGUGUGCGCCGCAUUGGCUGCUUGA